AUGGCCCCAAUCUCGGCCAUGCAGUCCAUGCCAUUGCUCUUGAGGCAAUCAAUCAGAUCGAGUAUUCAUAUUUCCCGCACCACAGCUCGACCUGCACGUCUGCAUCUCCGCCCGACAGCUCCGAGCCCCGUUCCAGCUAAACCGACACUACGAGCAUUUUCAGUCUGCCUGCAAUGUCAAUUCCGCCAAGAAUCCAGUCUUCAGGAAAUUCUUGAUGGGAGAAACAAAGAAAAGCUCAGUACGGACCCGCAGAACUCGUCUAGCAGUAAUGAUGCUGCUGUGCCCGAUGCUAGAACCCCGUCGGAGGUAGAAGCGGAGAACUCUCGGGCAGCGAAUUUCUCCGCAGCUGCGGUAGAUCGGAGUGUGGAUGAUUCUACGAUAAAGGGGACUGAGCGAGGUCUUUUGGAUCACCUCGAGGCAGAACAGAAGAGAGAAGAAGAGGAACGAACGGGAAGCACGCAAACUCUUAACUCGGAGAGUGAACAGAGUAACGGCGGAGCUGGAGCUGGUGAUGGAGCUAGAGAAGGAGGAGCAGGCGGGCUGCCCUCCUAUCUCGAGAGCCGAAGAUCGAAGCUCUCGAAGCAAUUUACUACGAUGAUGGACAAUGUCCAGUCCAAUGUCUUCGUAGCGGGACAGCGGUUGAAUGACCUUACCGGAUACUCGGGCAUUGAAGCACUGAAGAAAGAGAUCCAUGGCCAAGAAAGCCGCCUUCGUAAUGCACGGGCUCAGGUCCGCACCGCGAAAGACGCCUACACCGCCGCCAUCAAUAACCGCUCUACUUCGCAGCGCGAAGUCAACGAGCUCCUCCAGCGCAAGCACGCUUGGUCAACAACUGAUUUGGAACGCUUCACUCUCCUCUACCGCAAUGACCAUACCAACGAAGUCGCCGAGACAGAAUCGCAGGAAGCUCUGUCGCGGGCGGAGCGGGAGGCGGAAGAGGCUGCCGCACAGUUGAGCAAGAGUAUUCUCUCUCGUUACCACGAGGAACAGGUCUGGUCGGAUAAGAUCCGGCGCAUGUCUACGUGGGGAACUUGGGGAUUGAUGGGUGUGAACGUCUUGCUUUUCCUUGUCUUCCAGAUUCUCGUGGAGCCAUGGCGCCGGCGCCGGCUGGUGAAGGGAUUUGAGGAUAAGGUUGUUGAGGCAUUGGAGAAAGAGAAGGCGAUCAACCAGGCUAUUCUUGCGAGUAGUGUGGCAUCGCUCAUUGAUACGGAGAAGAGUGUUGAUGUUUCAGCCGAGAGCUCGGUUGUUGCUGCAUCCACCACCGAAGCACCUAGCAGUGAGAAUGUCGAAGUUACUCCCACUGAGACCGAGGUCCAACCCUCGACGCUGCUAGAGACUAUGUCCCCCUCGGAGAAUCUCUCUCAAUCUCUCUAUUCCCGCCUCGCUGGAAUCUCUCUUCCUCCAAUCUCUCUUGAAUACUGGCGACAGGCAUUGAAUGAGCUUCUGAGUGACCGUAGCGUUGCUACUACCCAGCGCGAUCUCACCGUGGUUGCUGCGCAGAGCGCUGCAGCUGGUGCAGUCGUCAUGGGAGUUCUCAUUGCCCUGCUGAAACCGAGGUAG